AUGGCGGCCCAACGGCUACAGAACAUAUCUCAUCAUCUUGGCGUGUCCGGUAACUCGACAGAGGGCCUUCCAACAUUUGACGAGCUACCGCAAUUCCAUGAAUACAAAGGCUGCGCGUGGGGCAUUUGGGGCAACGAGGAUCAGCUGGGGACGGUCAAUCUCCUCUCUCCUGAUGUCGUCCAGAGAGCUGCGCGCGAGGAAGUCCAGCCGAUAAAUUAUCUUGCACAGCCUCUUUUUGGAAGGAAGCCAGCCUCUAUCAAGGUUCUUGAAUCCCGAAGAGGUCCUUGGCGCCAGAUCCCGAACAGGGAUGAUGAGCUUAAUCUUAACACCCAGUCAGGAACGCAAUGGGAUGGCCUGCUUCACGUCGGAGUCUUGAAGCACGGAGUUUUCUACAACAAUUUCCAGGCAUCCCUGUCCCCAGUCGGGGAAAGAACAAUCCGUCCAGACAACAUGAACGAUGAAGCGCUCAAGCUGGGAAUUCAUAAUUGGGCACAGCAUGGCAUUUGCGGUCGAGGCGUCCUGUUGGAUUUAGUUGGAUACUACACGGGCUCGGGAAAACCCCUACCGUAUGACCCCUGGGCAAGCCACUCUAUCACGGUUGCUGAGCUUGAAGCCUGUGCGAAAGCGCAAGGAACCGAGUUUCGAACCGGAGACAUACUCAUGAUCCGCAUGGGAUUCAUGGAGAAGUGGUACGCAGGCUCAGUGGAAGAGAGGAACACCUUGACAACAUCUAAAGCUUUCACCGGAUUGGAGAGGUCUGAUGAUAUGCGUCGCUUCCUCUGGAACAACCACUUCGCUGCCGUUGCAUCAGACCAACCGGCACUGGAAGACGUGCAUAUCAAGACCUUGGAACGACCCUCACUGCAUGAGACGCUCUUGGGGCUUUGGGGCAUGCCUAUCGGUAAAUCUGGAUAG